UUAGUGGGAGGAGCUCAGACAGAAUCACAGUGUCAAACCUCUUGCAACCUACAGUCAAGCCUAAGAUUGGUACCACUCUACACAUAACUUGGACCUUUACAUCAUCCGCGAUGCUGAAUUCCCAGCGAUCUUUAUCUGAACUCCCAAAGAUGUCAGCUGCAAGUCAAGCCGAGAGAGCUGUUUUGGAGGAGGAGUUCAACUGGCUGCUUAAGGAGGAGGUCCAUGCAGUUCUAAAGCAGCUCCAGGAUAUUCUCAAGGAGGCAUCUAGACGCUUCUCAAUGCCUGUGUCAGGUCUAGACAGUCAACUCAAGCAGGAAAAUUUCAUCUUGGGUAGCUCAACCAUGGAUCAAGUGAAGGGAGUGCUGACCCUCCAGGGAGAGGCUCUGACUCAAGCUGACAUCAAUCUUAAAGUUGCCAAAAGCAGCCAAGUACUGCAUUUUGCGUUCAGGGACGAUAAGCAAUGGAAAUUACAGCAAAUCCAGGAUGCACGGAACCAUGUGAACCAGGCUCUGCAGCUGCUGAGCAGCAGGGACAGCAGCUACCACUUUAAAACUGGCGCUGAGGUUAACAAGCUGAUGGAUGCUGUGAUGCUGCAGCUGACUAGGGCACGCAACCGCCUCACCACCCCAGCAACCAUGACCCUGCCUGAACUAGCAACCAGCGGUCUGAUGAAAAUGUUUACUCCUCCGAUGCCGGGGGAUGUGAUGGUGAACUUCUACAUCAACCUGAGCAAGCUGUGUCUAACAGUAUACCAGCUUCAUGUGGUGCAGCCCAACACUACCAAGAAUUACAAGCCAGCGGGAAGCUCAGUGUUGCACAACCCUGGAGCUAUGUUUGAGCUUAACAACAAUAGGUUUGAGGUGAGCCACGUUCAUAAGGUGGAGUGUGUGGUUCCAUGGCUGAAUGACACCCUGGUUUUCUUCACCAUCUCGCUGCAGCUCUGCCAACAACUCAAGGACAAGAUCUCGGUGUUCUCCAGUUUCUGGAAUUACAGACCCUUCUAAUCUACUGAUGGGUUUUGGAAAAACAAGGCAUUUGUGUGAAUACCAAUCCUGAAUUCAUAGGACCUAUAUAAAAGGGAUAUCCAGAUUAUAUUGUUGUUCAGCAUUUAAUUAUUACUAUUUUUGUUUCAAAUUCAAUCAUUGUUAAUUAAGUGGUGAAGUGUUUGAUUUACAGGAGAUGCUGCAUGAACCUAUCCAUCAGUGUUUCCCUGGUUGUAGGGACCACCACGUGUUAGCUGUCUGUGCUAAUCUGAGUUAAGGUCUUGUUGAAAAUGUCUUACUUGAACUCCUUAUAAAUUAAAUAGGCAAAUUCUUACUGAAUGUAUAUAUUUUUUUCAUUGUAUCGAAUGAGGAAGAAUUAAAAGAAGUUCCUUGUUCUUGUUAAUCAGUACAUCGUUUGAGGGCAGAUGACCUGUCACUUACAACCCCUUUCCUUAUUCUCUUUUAGGUGUAAAACACCACUUGUUAACACUAACUAUAUAAUAUUGUGAUAUGUAUAUGACAUAUAGUCCGGCUGUUAGAAAGACUGAUUUUGUGAAGUGGUGCUUUGACCAACAAAUCAAUACAAAGAAAACAGUUCCACUAUGGACAGCAAAAUGGAAAGGCCUCAGUUAUAAGCUAAUGGAUGUUUUAUGUGUUCAUUCCAAAGUUUUUUUCUUAAAUGUGUCUUGUCUGCAACAUGUUAGUAUUUAUUUAUUUAUCAAUUAUUUUUGCACUUGUGUUUUGUUCUGAUGAUUUACCUGUGAAUCCAAUAGUCAUUCCACUGUUGAACAAAUUACUCCAGUAAGUGUUAACAGAAACUGUUUUGAGAUGCAUACAUAAUAUACAAUUUGUUGACCAUAUAAUCCAUUGCCUGUGCAAUAAAUAAAUGUUAUAUACACACAUA